AUGAAAGCCUUUAACAUGGUUUGCAACUAUCUGAUUCCCAAUUUAUCUCCAGUUUCUCGUUUCUUUGCUUCAAAUACAAAGAACCUCGCCCACAUUGAGCGUGAUUGUUGGAGUUGCCUUAAACGUAUAAACUGCAAGACAUUCAUCUGUGAAUGUGGCAAAAUCCAGUCUGUUUCUCCUCAUGUUAACUAUUUUGAACUCUUCAACUUUUUGCCAAAAAUGGACAUCAAUUUGCGCGAACUGGCUCGACAGAAGCGAACCCUCCUUCAGUCCUUUCACCCAGACAAAUUCGUCCGUUCUUCUGCCGAGGAGAUGCGCAUUUCCAAACUUACAACCUCCUUUAUUAAUGACGCUUACAAAGUUCUAUCUGAUCCCAUUUCCCGGGCAGAGUAUAUUUUGACCCUUAAUGGGAAUGAAUGUUCCUCUAAGGACGUACCCAUAACUGAUCCACUUUUUCUUAAUGAGAUCCUAGAGAUGAACGAACAAGUAGACGAACUGGUAGACUGGAUCAAACAAGACACCCCAAGUGAUAAGAUUCAGUGCCGUAUCGACGAUAUCCAUCAGAGCAUAGCUACUCAAUGGGAUGAUGAACUAGACAACAUCUCCAAAUUUACCGAGAAAGAAGAUUGGAAGUCUGCCCAAGAGUCCAUUGGUAGAAUACGUUACUACGAACGCCUUAAGCAAAGACUCAAAGAUCUAAUCCCCGAAUUUAGCAAACGUGGACUUUCGAUACCCCGUGAUCUUAGAGGUGAUCGAACUCGUGAUAUUCUGUAG